AUGGGGAUGCUAUCAGGUGGCCUUACGCCGUUUCAGCUUCUGUUUGCCGCCUCCUCUUGUAUCUUUUUCUUGACUCACUCUCUUCGUCUUGUCGCAGCAUUGACAGAAGGUUGCGUCAUUAUUUGCAACGAGCGCCGCCGCAUCCUUUGGGCAUUUCCUAUUGCUUCAGCGGAGCAGUGGGGGCCCCUAAGGGGCCCCCUGUUGGAGGCCCUAGGGGGCCCCUCCAGCAGCACGCAGGGAGCAGGAGAAGUUCUAUGUGAAGAUUUGGUACAUCCUGAAGACCGCAAGGCACUUAUUAAAGCAUUUGAGAUAGCAGGAGAGCAAAGGAAGAAGAAAGAGGGGCAGGAGCCGUUAAAAGAAGGGGAGGGACAGCAGCAGAUGCUGCUAGGAGCAGAAAAAGAAGGACCUCCAGAGACUCCUGUAGUGUUGGUGCGAUCGAACACAUGCAAGGAGGAGGCAGGGGGAGCGAGGCUGUUUCGGGUGUCAGUGAGCGGCUGCUGUGGCUCCUCUUCUCUCUUUGUUUGUUUGUGGAAUGAUGCAACGAGACAGAGACGCAGCGCAGCAGUACAGGAGGCGCUCGUGUACGGUUUAUCCGACUGUAUGUCCACUGUUGUUUGGGUGGUUGACCCGGCAGCAGCUACGGAUCAAGCAGACCCUGCAACAGCUGCUGCUGUUGUGCGAGAAGAGGCAGCAGCAGCAGCAGCAGCAGUAGAAGGAGCAGCAGCCGCAUCAGCACCGAUCCUUCCAUCGGGUUCUGAGAUAGAUCAAGGGGGCCCCUCAGAGUCUGAUGGGGUACUUGAGGGUGGCGAUAGCAGCAGCAGAGAGAAAACAGACCCAGAGAUGAGUGGAACAGCUUACGAUGAGGGGUCUUCUGGCACGGGUAUGCCUGAACCUUCUUUGUUUUCAGAGGGCCAGCAGCAAGAGCGUUGCUACACCGAACUUGCUGCGGUGUCUCCGCGUCUCAUGUGCAGCUGCAUAAGCAGAAGCAGCAGCGGAAGCAACGAAGGAGAAGAGGCUGCUGCUUCAUCUAGCGGCGGUGCCUCUUCUUUCUUGCGCGCCUCCUCUUCAGGUGUAUCCUCAACUCAUCCCGCUGCAAAUGAACCCCCUGUAGCUCCAGCUUCUCUCUGCCCUUCAGUCUAUCAGACUCAGCUCGAUGUCGUUACAGCUGAUAGAGAAGGGCUUCGGCAGCCUCCUCCUGUCUCAUGGGCUGGACAAAACCCUCACAUGCACAGCUACACGAAAGGGUUUACUGUUGAAGGUGGGGCCCCCCUGCUGCAGAUAGAGGAAGAGGGGCCGACGAGUUUUUUGUUGGAACAUUCAAAGACAAUCUUGCGGCGAUUAACAGGGCAUGCAGUAGCAGGGAAGGAGCCCUUUUCAUUGCUCGCUGCAGCAGACCCCAGGGCCCCCAUCAGUAGCAACAAUAACAACAACCCCACCACUCCGAACUGGACAGAUUUCUUCCUAGAACCCGGAAAGACUCAGCUGCUUGAAUGUGUACGAAGACUCCGCACGCACGGCACUUCAUUCUCUAUUGAGUUGCCUUAUGAACGCUCAGAUGCAGAAAUAAGGUGGUUCCGUGUUGCGGGAUAUUGCAGCUCCUGCAUGCCUGGCAUCAUGUGGGGUAUAAUGCAGGAUACAACGGCCUCUCGCACACGGCUAGACUGUGCACAAAGAAGUUUGCAUCAACUUAAGACUCUCUUCGAGGCGGAGUUCUGUGGAUUUGGUGUUGUAGAUACAGCGGACACAGGAUUGAUAGUUGAGACGUCAGCUGGGUUGGACGCUUUUCUGGGCGCCUCUGCGGUUGGCCGGCCUUCGAUUUGUCUAUUACCCGAACCGGUGGAGAAAUUAACAACGCGCAGCGGGAGUUGCGUGGGGGCCCCCAUAAUAAUCAAAGAACAGGAGUUCCCAGGGGCGGGCCUUCACCAAGUAACGGUCACAGCGGUUCUGGAUAGUGAAUCGCCUGGCGAUUUGCUGUUUGCUUUGAGAGAUGACAGAAGAAAACAGAGUAUCUUGGGGCUGCAAAGAAUAAUCCACGCAAUGCACGCAACGUAG